AAGGUAAAAAGGCGUAAAAAUAUACAUAUAUCUUUAUUCAUUUUAAACGGGCAAAUCGGUAAGUGUAAGAACAUCAUUGUUGUUCGAGAAUGCACUAUCAAUGUUUAUUUAAAACUGAAGAUUUCCAUAUUUAGUCAGUCAGUUAUCAAACUACCUACCUGUGCAUAGUGGCUUGUAUCAGAACAAGGAAAUAAUGUCUUUGACGGCUUGCAAUCCAUUUGGCGACGAAAUGGUCCUUCGUUCGGUAGAUUGGCUGGAGAAUUUUCCAUGGAGACAGGAAAAUGGACUUAAUAUUAAUAGGGAUAAGUACGAAAUUAACGUGAAUGUAAAGGGUUUUCAUCCAGAAGAAAUAACGAUUAAAGUGGUUAAUGGUUUUAUAGUUGUCGAAGCGUAUCAUGAAGAAAAGAGGGAUGAGUACGGAUAUAUUUCUAAGAAAAUUGUACGGAGAUUCCUUUUGCCUGAUGACUGUGAACAAGAAAAAGUUGAGUCGAGAAUGACCGCUGAUAAUAUUUUAAUAAUAAGAGCUCCUAGAGAAAUAGUGAAGCACGAAACUGUGAUACCUGUAAAACAUGAAAUAUCGAUGAAGAGUAAACUGUGAUACAUACUAAAAAGUAAAAUAAAUUUUUAAGUUACUUUAAAGGCUUACGUUCUCAUACAAAUACGCAUCGAGAGUAAAGACGCACUUGCUUGAUUGCAUACAUUUUUAAUCACAGAAAAAACCUGGGCAGUUAUAAAAAAGUAUUUUGUUAAUUUUAAGCAAAACCUGUUUUUGUAUAUAUUUCAUAAAUAGUUAAGAUGUAUUAGUUGUAAAAUCAAUUAAAAAACCAAUCCAGAGUAAUCUUUGCGUUUUUUUUAUCAAGUCAAAUAUUGAAAUGUAUUGAUCAUAUAUGUAAUUUCACAUAAAAUGAGCUUUAUUUGGAAAAUAUUAUCAUAACCUUAGAAUAAAAUUGGUUUAAAAAUGGUGAUUUCCUACAACCUCGACUUUAAGAGGGCUAUUACAGAUACAAAAAAGUCCGCUACUACUUCGGCCGAUUGAGCUCCAAAAGCCGGUGCUUCGUAUUUUGUAGUAAUUUUGCAGUUGUAUUUUUAUCGUUUUUAUUGAAACAGCAUAGUAAAUUUGUGUUUAAAAAUUAAGAAUUUUUUAUUCCAUGUGAAGUAGGAAUUAUUCUGAUACAUUGUUCAAUAUUAUUGACAUAGACAGGAGAUAUCUAUUCACAGUUUUAACUAAGUUAUAUUUGAAGUUUUUGGUUUAUAAUAAGAUUUCUUUUUCUAUAUUUAUUUAGCCAAUGAUAUAUUAAAUUUUACCUAUACGACUGUAAAAGAAAUAAUAUUCUUUAAAAAGUGCAAUCGCGCAUUAAAUGAAAUAUUUCUCUGCAAAUUUGAGUUUGAUUAAAAAAUUAAGCACAAAUUAUAAAAAGCGAAGCCGUUACGAACUAUGCUAUUCGAUAAGUCAACCCUGGAAAGAAGACAAGUAAUAACUCGCAAAAGUAAAAUUGGUCUUCAGAGUUGAUUAACUUUUUUGUUUAUUUGACAAAAAAUUCUUAUGUACAUCCAUAGCAACAAAUAUGGUAACCCUUAUUAUAUGAAUACAGAAAUAAGUUUUAUUUCAUUUCAAUAUAUAAAAAGUUGGCUACUUUGAAGACCAACUUGGGUUUGCGGGUUGCUAACCUACGUCCAUACGUGUUUGCUUUCUAGCGUUAAAGUGUAAAAAAAAAAUAUUCCUAGAUCAAGACCGCCAAAAUUUACUAUUUUAUGCAAAAAUCACAAUCGAAUUGUAAUAAGAGUAAUCUGGUGGUGAAUAUGUUAUGUUAGUACAAUUCUGUCGGAAGAUCCGUCAAGCGUAUUACGGAAGUUUGCUUUAGUACGUUACUACGAUUUAUCCGUCAAGUGGGCAAGGUUUAAGUUACAUCAUAUAAGUAUUUAUGUUCUGAUGAGCCGCGAAGCAUCUUCCAUCAGAUAUUGAGUACAAUAAACAGCCUCAGUUUAAGCAAUUUUAUUGAAUUCCUGUAAUAGAUAUUCAACCUUAUUUUGUAGGUUUUUAUAGGCGUUCCCAUUAAUUAAGAGUGGACAACCAUCUUUUUUCCUAGAACAU